UCUGGGAGAGUGGGCGUAAUUUGGGCGUAGGCUUGGCUCCAGCUCUCAGCCUGGCGCAGCUGAUCCCAGCACCCUAAUCACUCACCUGCCUGCCAUCAACUCAUCACCUGCAGCCCAGAAAUGUUUGGACUUCACUCGGUGUGAUCGCCAGAUCGUUCACCUUUCUACAUGUGAGAGGAUCUCUGGCGCUCCCUGAAAUCCAGUCCGCCUUUUCCUUUGGCGGCAGUGCUCUUACGUCCCACACAGGACUUGGUUGGCCGCAGCCUGAAGAGUGGCAGCAUUCAUCCAGCAGCCUCUUCACGGCAGUAGCGCACUCUUCUGAAGCGAAUCUUUGCCUUUUUUUUUUUUUUUUUUUUUUUUUUUUUUUUUUUUUGGGGCGCUCUCCUAUUUUUCCCUCCACCUGUUGAUGACGUCCGGACGGGCGCCGGGACGCAGGGCACAGCAGUGAUUUGUUCCCGGGAAGUAUCGCCAACGGGAGUCCGGUCCUGCAAAGAAGGACUUUUUUGUUGUGUUUUUUUUUUUCGUCUCAGCGGACUUGGAGGGGGAAAAAAAGGAAAAAAAAUGUGCUCUCGGAUUUUCGGAUUCUUGCUCGCUUCGCUCCUCUCAUGCCAGCUGCUGACUGUGACGCGAGCCUCCAAGGUGUGGGGGGAGGUCCCUCCGCCAGACGACUCCGUGGAGCAGAAGGAUGUCCCGGCGGCCCCGAGCCUACUGGGCGACGACGAGGACUUUGUCGCCGAUGAGGCGUCAGGAGAUCUGCCCAGCGGCGAGGAUGAUGGGAGCGCACCGUGGCCCCCAGUCUCUGAGACCACAAACGGCUGGCAGGGGGGGUCUUCCUAUGUGGUGAACAUAAAGAACUCAGUCCAGCCCACCACCAGUCGAUCCACAGUUUAUUACAGAGCUCUGGUCAACUUCACCGACUCCAUCGUCUACAGCUCGGAGCUGGAGGACAUCUUCUCGGCGGCCUUCAACGAGAUCUCCCAGGCCGUGGUUGACACGCUGGAGUCGGAGUACAACAGGAUUCCAGGUGUCCAGACGGUCAACGUGGUGCUCGUUAAGAAGCUGCUUAGAGCGAAUGGCGCUGACGUGUUUGUGGAACUGGACGUCGGCUCGGACUACAACAGCAACAGCCAACAGAUCCGAAGUGUGCUCUACAGUGUCGUGCAGAGUGGAGAAAUCGCCUCCUACGUCACAUCAGUGGAGGGCUUUACCUUCAGGCAGCUUGGAGAAGUCCCCCCCGCCAUCGUGCCCUGCAUGCCGGAUGAGCACAGGUGUGGCGACGGGACUUGCAUCCUGUUGGAAUACCUGUGUGACAACCGAGCGGACUGUCGCGAUAUGAGCGACGAGAACGAUUGCGAUAUGAUCGGGCCCGUUUUCCCGACCGCGCCCACCCGCGCCACCACCAGCACCGCCGCCAAACCUCCGCAGCCUCCCGUCGUCCCAGGACUGUGCAGGGCGGACCAGGCGAAGUGUCAAAGUGGGGAAUGCAUCCCCAGGGACUACAUCUGUGACGGAGAGAGAGACUGCUCGGACGGAAGCGACGAGUCGCGAUGCGGAACUCCGUCGCCAUGUGAGCCCAACGAGUUCAAGUGUAGGAACGGUCGCUGCGCCCUCAAGCUCUGGCGUUGUGACGGCGACAACGACUGUGAGGACAACUCUGACGAGCUCGACUGCCCCACCAAGGGUCCUGACGACAGAUGUGCUCCAGAGCAGUUUGAGUGCCUGAGCGACCGCACUUGCAUCCCGGCCAGUUACCAAUGUGACGAAGAGCCCGACUGCCCCGACCGCUCCGAUGAGUACGGCUGCACCCCACCCUCGGUGACAAGCCCGCCAGAAGAAUCUGUUCAAGCUGCCCGGGGGGCGACUGUCACUUUCACCUGUCAGGCUGUCGGCGUGCCGACACCCAUCAUCACCUGGAGACUCAACUGGGGGCACAUCCCAAUCAGCGGCAGAAUCUCUAUGACCAACGAGAACGGUCGCGGCACCCUCACCAUACGCGACGUGAAGGAGGCGGACCAGGGGGCCUACACCUGCGAGGCCAUCAACGCCAAAGGAUUAGUGUUCGGCAUUCCCGACGGAGUCCUGACCCUCACCUCCAAUCCCGACUCAGACUGCCCAGGUGGUCACUUCAGUGUGGAGGGCCGUUGCGUUUCCUGUUUCUGCGCCGGAAUCACCAAGAACUGCAAGAGCACCGGGCGCUACCGCAACCAGAUCAGUCUGCGCUUCACCCAAGAGGACGACUUCAAAGGAGUGAACGUCAGCUACCCGUCCAGGCCGGGCACGCCUCCUCUGUCCUCCACCCAGCUGCUCAUCAACCCUGAGAUGGAGGAGUUCCAGCUGGUGGAUUUGUCUCGUCGUUUUCUCAACCUGGAUUCUUUCUGGACCUUGCCUCGCCAGUUUCUUGGCAACAAGAUCGACUCCUACGGAGGAUCCUUGAAGUACAAGGUGCGCUACAUUUUGGCCCGCGGCCUGUCUGAGCCCGUGGACAAGCCGGACGUCAUCCUGGUGGGAAACGGGCGCAGGCUGAUAUACCGCCGGGGCCGCCCCAGUCCUGCGGGCGUGGUCAACCAGAGAGAGAUCCAGUUCACGGAAGAUCACUGGCAGCACUCCAGCGGCCAGCAGGUGAGCCGCGAGGACCUGAUGCUGACCCUGGCCGACCUGGACAGCAUCAGCAUCCGCACCAUCUACGACAACCACAUGGUCAGCGUGGCGCUCAGCGACGUCGUCAUGGAUACCACCACCGUGGAGUUCAGCACUCGAGGCCACGCCAAGGAUGUCGAGGAGUGCAGAUGUCCUCCUGGAUAUACGGGCCUGUCCUGUCAGAUGUGCUCCUCUUCCUUCGAGCGUGUCCCCGGGGGCUCCUACCUGGGCACCUGUGCCGGCUGCAACUGUAACGGACACGCCAGCGCCUGCGAUCCAAUCAGCGGACACUGUCUGAGCUGCCAGCACAACACAGAAGGGCCUCAGUGCCAAAAGUGUCGGCCGGGGUACUUCGGAGACCCGAGCCGAGGCCGGUCCGACGACUGCAAGCCCUGCCCUUGUCCGUACUACGAAACCUCCCGCCGGUUCUCCGACACCUGCUUCCUGGACUCGGACCAGCAGCCGACAUGCGACGCCUGCAGGCCCGGCUACACGGGAAGACGCUGUGAAAAAUGUGCUCCUGGUUACCAAGGCAACCCCCUCCUGCUAAAUGGAAAAUGUGCUCCUCUGCAAACCAAGUGCGAUAACAGAGGAAGCAUCAGCUCCAGCAGCAGACCCUGCAGCUGCAAGAACAACGUGGCGGGCGCGCAGUGUGACGAGUGCAAGCCCGGCUUCUUCCAUCUCUCGGGGAUCAACCCCGAGGGCUGUCUGCCUUGUUUCUGCAUGGGCGUCACCAAGCAGUGCGCCAGCUCCACUUGGAGUCGGGAUCAGGUGCGAGGAGGAGUGAAUGGGCAGCUUUUUGGCCUCACCAACGGCGGCAACAGCAGGACUAUCACUGAGGGGAUCUCUCAGAGGGGCCCCUCUGAGGUGGUCUACCGCUACUUCUCCACUAUCCCCAAGGACAUCUACUACUGGGUCCUGCCGGAGAGCUUCAGAGGAGAUAAGGUGACGGCCUACGGCGGCGAGCUGCGCUACACGGUGCGUUUUGAGCAGUUUCAGCGCUCGCUGGUGAUUGACGGCCAGCCAGACGUGGUCCUCCAGGGCAACGGCAUCUCCUUGGAGCACUACGCCCAGACCAAGGCCCUCCCGCGCGCCUCGCAAACCAUCACCGUGACAUUCAGAGAGUCGGAAUGGCGUCGCACCGACGGGCAAUCGUGCACGAGGGAACACCUCCUGAUGGCUCUGGCCGACGUCAGCGCCUUGCUCAUUCGGGCCUCGUAUGCGGACAACAUGGCAGAGAGCAGUAUAUCCGAUAUCAAGAUGGACGUCGCUGUUCCGGACUCAACUGGGAGUGAACACGCCCUGGAGGUGGAAGAGUGUGCAUGUCCUCAGGGAUAUCGAGGCCCCUCCUGCCAGGACUGUGAAGAAGGUUACACCCGAACAACCUCCGGCCUUUACCUGGGCACUUGUGAGAGGUGUGAGUGCAAUGGCCACGCCAGCAGCUGUGACCCUGAGAGCGGCAGGUGUCUGCAAUGUCUCCACAACACUGGCGGCGCCAGGUGUGAGCGGUGCCAGACUGGUUACUAUGGAAACCCGACAACAGGCGGCGCUCAGGCGUGCCAGCCGUGCCCGUGUCCGGGGACCGCGUCCAGCAACCAAUUCUCCCCGACCUGUCGUCUGGAAUCCGAUGGUCAGCCAACCUGUGACAGCUGUCCUUCUGGAUACACCGGCAGACGCUGCGAGAGGUGUGCGCCAGGAUACAACGGCAACCCGUUACAUGGACAGAAGUGUACCGCUGGCAACGAAGUCAACGGUAACUGCUACAACUGUGACCCGAGAGGAAGUGAAGGCUGCAAUGGCGGAGCUUGUCGCUGCAAAAUGAAUGCUGAAAGUCCAUCCUGCGCCACAUGCAAGCCCGGAACCUUCCAUCUGAGCCAGCAAAACAAAGAUGGCUGCCUGUCCUGUUUCUGUAUGGGCGUCACACAGCAGUGCUCCAGCUCCAACUACUACAGAGACCUGGUAUCUACAGCGUUUUAUCCAGGGAAUUUCCAGGGAUUUGCACUGGUGAACCGCCAACGCACCAACCGCAUCUCCACCGGUUUCACAGUGGAGGUUUCCACUGACGGCACUCAGCUGUCCUACAGCAACUUUGACUACCUUGGACAAGAGCCCCACUACUGGCAGCUUCCAGAGGUCUUCCAGGGAGACAAGAGAGAUCCGUCCUUGACUCGUAUCAAGCGAGCUGAGCAGGGUGAGGAUGUCAGACAUCUGGACGAUGAGGUCUGGGCACUUCUCUCCAACCUCUCCUUUCAAAGACCUCCCGUCUCUUCUUCCUCGUCUUCCCGUUUUCCCACCUCUUCCGCUCUACGGUCUUUGCGCAAUCCGAGCCUACCUCCUCGUCCGUUGGGCGUUGCCUCGUCCGUUCGGCCAACCAGAGCCCAACCGCAGUACCCGCUUCAUCUGCAGAGCAAGAAUACUUUGAGCACGACGGACGCCCGGGGCUCUGGAGCCAGCAGCAAGUACUCUCUGGUCUACAAAGGUUUCAGCUUGCACCAGGACCAUCUGCUCUACUGGCAGCUCCCCGCACACUUCACAGGGGACAAGGUGGGCUCAUACGGCGGCAAACUGAAAUACACCGUCUCCUACGUGGCCGCUGCCAGAGGAACCCUCCUCGAAGAUGCCGACGUGCAGAUUAUCGGAAAUGACAUCACUCUGGUAGCGGCACAGUCCUGGCAGAGGAGGCAGCUCGGCGGCAGAGAGACCCGGCAGUUUGAGAUCGUCUUCUCGGAGGAACACUGGCGUCGCCCUGACGGCAUGCCCGCCACAAGGGAGCAUCUGCUGAUGGUCCUGGCCGACCUUGACGACGUCCUGAUCCGAGCGUCCUACUUCAGUGAGAUGCGCUCGUCCAGCAUCUCCGACGUCAGCAUGGAGGUGUCCGUGCCCAACUACAGCGGACUGGCGCAGGCUCUGGAGGUGGAGCAGUGCCGCUGCCCACCCGGAUACAUGGGACUUUCCUGCCAGGACUGCGCGCCCGGCUACACUCGCACAGGCGGAGGCUUGUACUUGGGCCACUGUGAGCUCUGCGAAUGCAACGGCCACUCGGACUCCUGCCACCCCGAGACCGGCGUCUGCACAAGCUGCCUGCACAACUCGCAGGGGGAGCUCUGCGAGCAGUGUGCCCCCGGCUUCUUUGGGGACCCCACUGUUGGCACGCCAGAGGACUGCCAGCCCUGCGCCUGCCCUCACACUGACCCGGACAACCAGUUCUCUCCUACCUGCGAGAGCCUGGGCCAUGCCGGCUACCAGUGUACCGCUUGCCAGCCUGGGUACACGGGCCAGUACUGUGAGCGUUGUGCUCCUGGGUACGUUGGCAACCCACAGGAGAGGCAGAAGUGUCGUCCGUACGAUGCGGCAGCGGCCCUCGUAGUGAGGGUCUACCCGGAGAGGGUUCUGACAACUCAGGGCGGCUCGGUGGUCCUGCGCUGCCAGGUGUCCGGCUCGCCGCCGCACUACUUCUACUGGUCCAGGGAGGACGGGCGGCCCAUCUCCAGCAGCGCUGACCGACGCAGACAAGGAGCAGAACUUUACUUCCACAAUGUCCAGCCAAGCGACGCCGGCGUUUACGUGUGUACCUGCCGAGACCAGCGCAGCAGCAACAGGAGCCGUGCAGAAAUCGUUGUCACGAGUGUUCCCAGCAAAGCCAUCGAGGUGACCGUGGAGGAGCCCAAAGCCCAAACAAUCCGAGUGGGAGCGACCGUCAACUUCAUCUGCACGGCAAAGAGCAAGUCGCCGGCCUACACGCUGGUGUGGACCCGGCAGGGGAACGGUAAGCUGCCCAACCGCGCCAUGGACUUCAACGGCAUCCUGACCAUCCAGAACGUACAGCCGGAGGACGCGGGCGUCUAUGUCUGCACGGGAUCCAACAUGUUCGCCAUGGACGAGGGCAGUGCCGUCCUCUACGUGCCAGAGGCCUCACAGACUCAGACCUUUUACACGGCCUAUGAAAUGUUUGAAGGACACAGAAAGCCUGCUGAGGGCGCCCAGCCGGUGGCCACCAUCAGGCCUUCAUCACUGACUGUCCAGCAGGGCCAGAGGGCGGAGUUUCGCUGCACGGUGACCGGGAAUCCCACUCCUGCCGUCGAAUGGAUCGGAGGACCCAGGAACAGAAUGAGUCCAAGAGCAGUGAUACGAGGCAACCUGUUGACCUUCACAGCAGUGGACCAGGCGGACGAGGGCGAGUACGCCUGCAAAGCCCUGAAUACCCACGGCGAGCACACCGCACGGGUCUCCCUCUUUGUCAAAAAGUCCAACUCCAACGGCGUGGGCACGCAGCCUCAAGUCCAGGUCAGUCCGCAGAACAUUGACGCUCACGAGGGCGACACCUUGAGGUUGUAUUGCCGGGCCACGGGAUCGCCCGCGGCCAAACUCACCUGGCUGAAGAACGGAGGCCAAAUCCCAUCCCAGGCCGUCCCCUCUCAUGGUUUCCAUCAGUUUAAAAGCAACAGUGUUGAUGUGUUCCACAGACGUGUUGAGGAGAUGCAGGCCAGCCUGGAUCGCACCGAUAUCGGUACCCUGCUCAUACCCAACGUGAAGGUAUCGGACUCAGGCACGUACAUGUGUGUCGGCAGCAACAGCGUGGGCUCCAACAGCGCCCCCAUCAGAGUCGUGGUGACCAGAGCCGAUCAAAGCUCCUCGCCGGUCACAAUCGUGCCGUCGGCGGCGGACGUCCACGAAGGCGGAGACUUGCUCCUUAACUGCGUGGCGUCUGGAAGUCCUCCUCCUCAAAUCACCUGGACCAGAGCCGGUGGAAGCCUCUCUUCCAACCACCAGGUUGCUGGCAGUCAGCUUCGUAUCCUGUCAGCUACGCCAGAGGACUCAGGAGAGUACGUCUGUCAAGUUCAAGUUCCUGGAUCUCAAAUCCAACGAGCCACCGUCUCCGUUUCUGUUACGUCUUCCGCCUCACGUCUUCAGAGUCCAAUCAUCGCCAUUGAGCCUCACAGCGCGGCGGUGCGUGUGGGCGAGUCGGCCAGCUUCCGGUGUAAAGUGUACAGCGGGGCUCAGCCCGUCAGACUGGAGUGGAAACUAGCCAGCAACCAACCGCUGCCAGACAAUGUCCAAGUUGGUGCUGAUGGUUCAGUGAUGACCAUUUCCAACGCAAACGCAGUGAAUCACGGAGCUUACCGCUGUGUGGCCAGCAACUUGUUUGGCAUCACCCACACCAUCGUGUCCUUGAUCGUGAAAGAAUCUCCCGUGGCCAUCGUCACCCCCGUUGGACCACUGCGCAUCAGAGCAGGUGAACCCAUCAACCUGGAGUGCCAGGCUUCAGGGGAGCCUCGGCCUUCGGUCUCCUGGCACAGGUUGGACAGCAACCGCAAGGUGAUGCUGAGCAGCCACGUUCCCAUGGAGUCCAACGCAGUCAUGCAGAUACUGGCGGCCCGGGUAGAAGACAGCGGCACGUACGUGUGCACGGCACGCAACAACGAAGGUGGCACGGAGACCAGGGUGGAGGUCAUUGUGGAGGGAAGCUCCCAAGUGCCCACCGCGCCGAGAGCUUUUGUUCCUGAGCCGCUGAUGGUUGUGGUGGAAGGACACACGGCGACCCUACGCUGUGACGCCCACGGUUUCCCCUCUCCAACCGUCACGUGGUCCAAGUUGCGGUCACCUCUGCCUUGGCGACAUAAGGUGGUGGGCGGGCAACUGGUGCUGCCCAACGUGGGUCGCCAGGACUCUGGGGAAUAUAUUUGCACUGCCACCAACGACGCGGGCACGACGGAAGUCACCGUUACGCUCGAUGUGGAAACCACUCCAUAUGCCACCUCGGUGCCCGACGAUGUGGCAGUGCGUGUGGGGGAGGUGAUCAGGUUGCAGUGCCUGGCGCACGGAACUCCUCCUUUGAGCUACACCUGGACCAAGGUGGACGGAGCGCUGCCUUCCAGGGCUCAGGUCAGUGACGGCGACCUCCAGAUCAAUCUGGCGACCCCCGAAGACGCCGGCAACUACAAGUGUGUGGCCAGCAACCGGGUGGGCCACAGUGAAGUGGUGGCUCGAGUUGCGGUCAGAUCGCCACUGGCGGUGCGGGUGUGGCCACAAGUGGAGGUGAAGGCUCAGGGCAGCGCGGUGGAGUUCACGUGUUCUGCAGCCGGAGGAGUGGAGACCAAAGUUGAGUGGCUGAAGGAGGGCGGCGCCCUGCCCCCGAACCACCACGUCAAGGACGGCGUGCUCAGGAUUGAGAACCUCGAGCAGAGCAACGAAGGCGUUUACAUCUGCCGGGCCAGCAGCGUGUACGGCCAGGCUCAGGACGCGGCCCGCCUGACCAUUCAAGCCCUGCCCAAGGUGAUGAUCAACGUGCGCACCUCGGUGCAGACCGUGAUGAUCGGCAACUCCGUGGAGUUUGAAUGCCAGGCGGUCGGCGACCCCGAGCCCAGCGUGCAGUGGAGCAAAGUGGGCGGGCCUCUGCCCGCGCACAUCGUGGUGAUGGGCGGCAUGCUGAAGAUCCGCCGCGUGACGGAGGCCGACGCGGGCCAGUACCGCUGCACGGCCACCAAUGACGUGGGCUCGGUGCAGUCCCAGGUGGUGCUCAAUGUCCAGUCUCUUCCUCAAAUUUCUACCAUGCCUGAAAGGAAGGAAGUGACGGUCGGCUCGGAUGCCGUCUUGCCGUGUGUGGCGUCCGGAUAUCCUGUACCUGAGAUCAAAUGGUCCAAGGUCGAAGGUGAGCUUCCUGCCAAGUGCUUCCAGGACGCCAACGUGCUGACGGUUCCUCGGGUGGCGCACGGCGACUCGGGGACGUACGUGUGCACGGCCUCCAACAAGCAGGGCAAAGUGGAAGCCUUCACCAGGCUGGACGUCCACGAGAGAGUGAUGCCCUACUUUGCCCAGGAGCCGCUGUCCUAUCUCACGCUGCCCACCAUUAAAAACGCCUACAAGGCCUUCAGCAUCAGAAUCAACUUCAGGCCCGACAAUGUUGACGGUCUCAUACUGUACGCUGGUAUGAUUCUUUACAACGGCCAGAGGAGAACCACAGGCGCUGACUUCAUCUCCCUCGGCCUGGUGGGCGGUCGUGUCGAGUUCAGGUUUGACGUGGGUUCUGGCAUGGCCACCAUUCGUGACCCCAACCCCGUCCAGCUGGGAGAGUUCCACACGGUGCAGCUGUAUCGUAACCACACCCUGGGCUACAUCAUCGUAGACGGCGGCGAGCCCAUCAACGGCAGCUCCCAGGGCAAGUUCAAGGGCCUGGAUCUGAACGAGGAGCUGCAUGUGGGCGGGUACCCCAACUAUACGGCCCUGGCGAAAACUGCUGGCAUCAAGACUGGAUUCGUUGGGUGCAUUCGCCAGCUGGUCAUCCAAGGGGAGGAGGUCAUCUUCAAGGAUCUGCAUCGCAGCUCCACCGGCGUUACAAACUGUCCCACUUGCAGGGAUCACCCGUGUCAGAAUGGAGGAAGGUGCGAGGACUCAGACAGCAGCCUGUAUAAAUGUGGCUGCGCUCGAGGGUUUACCGGCAGCAACUGUCAGCAUCAUUCGUCGCUCCACUGCCACUCAGAGGCGUGUGGUCCAGACGCCACCUGCAUCAACCGCCAGAGCGGUUUGGGUUACGACUGCCGCUGCCACCUUGGCAAGUUCGGAAACAAGUGCAUGGAUGGCGAGUUGGUCAGCACGCCGCUGUUUGACGGACACGAGUCGUACGUGUCCUAUCCUCCGCUGACCAACAUCCACGAUGACCUGCGGGUGGAAAUGGAGUUCAAAGCGCUGAAGGGAGACGGCCUGAUGUUCUUCUGCGGGGGGAAGAAGAUGAGGGUGGAGGACUUUGUGUCCAUCUCCAUGGUGGACGGCCAUGUGGAGUUCAAGUAUGAACUGGGCACAGGUCAGGCAGUCCUUCGCAGUCCAGACGCAGUUUCUCUGGGCCAGUGGCACCGCCUUGUUGCCGAGCGGAACAAGCGGGACGGUCACCUCAGGCUGGACCACGGCCCCGUAGAGAGGAGGACUUCCCCGGGCAAAGCCCAGGGCCUCAACAUCCACACCUCCAUGUUCCUGGGAGGCGUGCCCAGCGUGGACCUCCUGCCCAAGCCGGCCAACAUCAGCGGCAUGUUUGAGGGCUGCGUGGGCGAGGUUCUGAUCAACAACAAGACGCUGGAUCUGUCCUACAGCUUCACAGAGAGCCGGGGCGUGCGCAGGUGCGUGGACAGCAGCCCGUGUGACCGCAGACCGUGCCUGAACGGAGGACACUGCAUGCCCAACGCCGAGUACGAGUACCAGUGCCUCUGCCAGGAUGGCUUUGAAGGCGAGCGCUGCGAGGUCGCGAAGGACGUCUGCCGCGACGACCGCCAGUGCCAAAAUGCCGGCGCCUGUGUGGACGGCCGUUGUUUGUGUCCGUCGGGCUUCACGGGCCUCAACUGUGAACAAAGCCGUGCCGUCAGCUUCCCGGAGGCGGCGUGGAGUUCCGAGGCUAGCGUGGCUAAUGACUCACCUUAUCAGCUCGCAGCUUCUUUUGACAACGAUGGCUACGUCGCCCUGCCCAGGUCAAGCUUCUCGAGAAGCGCACACGACUCACCAGAGACCAUUGAACUGGAGAUCAACACCCUCUCCUCCGACGGUCUGAUUCUGUGGCAGGGAGUCGAGACCAAUGGCACAGUCACUAAGCGAAAAGUGCAUGCUAGCAGAAAGGAACGUGGCGAAGGCGGCAAAGGCAAAGACUUCAUCAGCCUGGGUCUUCGCAAUGGUCACCUGCUCUUCAGUUACCAGUUGGGCAGUGGCGAGGCGGCCAUCAUGUCGAGGAAGACCAUCAACGACGGGAAAUGGCAUAAAGUUACAGCAGUCAGGGCGGGAAAAGAUGGCUACCUUCAGGUGGACGAAGACGCUGCUCUUCACGGCCAGUCUAAGGGCAGAAGCAUCAUGGUCAACACCAAAGGACACAUCUACCUGGGCGGCGCUCCGGACAUGGCCGCCAUGACCGGGGGGAAGUUCACCUCGGGAAUAUCAGGAUGUGUGAGGAACGUCUCCCUGAUGGACGCCAGGCCAGGAGAGCGGCCCGCCAGGACCAUCGACCUGCAGGCCCACGCCGCUCACAGCCUCAACGUGCGGCCGUGCACGUCCUAGACUGAAAGGAACUCUCACACACACACACACACACACACACACACACACACACACACACACACACACACACACACACACACACACACACACACACAUAAAUGUCUUGCCUACUUUGUGUGGACCAACGGUUGGUCAGUAGGUUGUGAGGGCCCCCCUUUCCACUAUAGCUAGAAUGAUGCAAUAUAUAUAUCUAGCACUAGAUGGGAGUAGAGAGUUGCAACAUUACUUCAGAAGGAAAACACACAAAGUCAAAAAAAUAAGUUUACUUCUGUAGUUGUGAGGACCAGGCAACAGAAAGGGUGGUAUGUCCACACAAAGAUGGUGAGACAAGUACACACACACACACACACACACACACACACACACACACACACACACACACACACACACACACACACACACACACACACACACACACACACACACACACACA